UUAUUUUCCAAAAGAAACUCAUUAAAUAAUUUGUCAGAUUAACAACCGGUUACAGCCAGUAAUUACCCGGACAUACAGUCUAGUCCACUAAAAGUCUAAAACAUUCCAUAACAAUGCCACAAUCUCCCGGUCUUCUUCAUUCAUCAACCGUUUCAAGAAUAAUUAAUACUCAUUUAAACGCCAAAGUUAUAACCAGAAUUUCAUUCGAGCAACAUCUCUGAGAAUAGUAGUAGAAAGAUCAUGCUUAAGAAAGUUUCUCGAAAAUGAGUGAUGGUUUAACAAAAUUUCGUAUAGGAAUAUCUAUAGUUUUCGCUAUCACGCUCUUAAUAUUGUUCUUUCAGCUCUGUUACGUUUUAUGGCGUCGCAGAUUACACCGGAGACAACAUCUGACCGCCGGUGGUGAGUCAGAUAUCAACAGUACCAUCGAAACCAAUGGUAGCAGUACUCCUUAUUAUUCCAAGGAGCUUCUUUACUUCUUUUGUUGGAAAAAUCAAGCAGGAAUUGAUCUACCGGUGUUUCCUUCUUCAACUACUGGAGAUAGCACUAAUACUGAUCAUGAGCCGGCUGAGUCUGAUGAUCAUGAGUUAGAUGUAUCAAAACUGCAGGAACUGUACGGGUUGUUUACGAUCAAAGAAGACAAAGAAGAAUUUGUGUACUUGUCUGAUCAUGAUAAUCUUGGUGAUGAUCGAUCUGUUUCUUCUGUAGAAAACAUGGAAAGGGCUUCUUUAGGGAGGAGUUCUGAUGAUGAUGAUGAUGAUGAGUGUGAUUCAAUGGUGGCUAUAGUGAUCCAUGAUGAAGAAGAAGAUAUAGAAAGUAGUACUCCUUAUUCAACUCCUUGUAAUUCACCUCCUUACUACACUCCAUCUCCGUCUCCUUCCCGUGAUGAUAAUCAUGAUGAAACUGAUCAAGUUUAGAUUUGGUGAAUCAGAUAUGAGAGAUAAGUCCAUCUCAUUUUGAGUCUUUGACCACCAACUGUACUAUUACUUGCCCCACUAAAUACAUAUUUUAUUUUUGUAGUUUACUCAUUGACUCUGCUUUUUGAUAUAGAUUGUUAUUGAGACAA